GCUCCCUUGACCCUGCCCCAGCCUGCCCAAAUCCUGGCCACGAGCCGGCGCCAGGCCCCGCUUGUGCCGUGACCCAGGCUGGCCCGCGGGGCGCGCGCCCAUUGCCCUGUCCCGGGGCCCGGCCGGCGGGCGGAACGCGGCGCGCGGGCGGCGGGGGCCGGGGGAAGGAGCGGAGCGCAGGACGCCGGCGCCGCUGUCAUGGCGGCCUGAGGAGCGGCGGGGGAGGCGCCGGGAGCCGGACGGAGGCGGCCGGAGCAGGCAGAUUGAAAAACCUAGAAUGGCAGGAGAACAGAAACCGUCCUGCAAUCUUCUUGAGCAGUUUAUUUUAUUAGCCAAAGGCACCAACGGAUCAGCUCUGACUGCUUUGAUAAACCAAGUGCUAGAGGCUCCUGGGGUUUAUGUCUUUGGCGAGCUGUUGGAGUUAACAAACGUGCAAGAGCUUGCUGAAGGGCCUAAUGCUGCUUAUUUCCAGUUGCUGAACCUGUUUGCUUACGGAACGUAUCCAGAUUACGUAGCAAACAAGGAUAACCUGCCAGAGUUAACGGGGGCCCAGAAGAACAAGCUGAAACACUUAACUAUUGUAAGCUUGGCUGCCAGAAUGAAGUGUAUUCCUUACUCUGUGCUGCUCAAAGACCUGGACAUGAGGAAUCUGAGGGAGCUGGAAGAUCUAAUCAUUGAAGCUGUGUAUACAGACAUUAUUCAGGGGAAACUGGAUCAGCGCAACCAGGUGCUGGAGGUGGAUUUCUGUAUCGGCAGAGACAUUCAGAAGAAGGACAUCAGUAAUAUUGUUAAAACACUCCAAGAAUGGUGCGAUGGGUGUGAAGCGGUUCUGUUAGGAAUCGAACAGCAAGUGCUUAGAGCCAACCAGUACAAAGAGAACCACAACCGAACUCAGCAGCAGGUAGAGACAGAGGUCACAAACAUAAAGAAAACAUUAAAAGCCACGGCCUCAUCAUCAGCACAAGAGAUGGAACAGCAGCUGGCAGAGCGAGAGUGCCCUCCCCACGCAGAGCAAAGGCAGCCCACAAAAAAGAUGUCCAAAGUCAAAGGGCUGGUCUCCAGCCGUCACUAGAACCUGCCGUGUAGCCAUCGUUCAGCCAUGAAUGACGACAAGGAGCGACACAGGCCCCGUGUCUCCUUUUCGGUGGGUUCUGGGCCAGUCCUCUCCAGGCUGACAGAUAUAAAAGCCCUGUUUGAAUACAGCCCCAAACCGGCUAAGCUACAGUGUGCAAAUCUCAUUCACAUCCAAGAUGCCGCCUGUUCUCCUAGGCCUUUAAAGAGGGACUUUCAGCCAGAGAUAAUUACCACAAGGGGCAGAAAGCCUGCGACACCAGGGGAACGGAAUCUCUGUGGAAGGUUUUGCUCCCUCCCGGCCAGCCUGCCCGUGCUCCCUCUUGUGAGGAGUUUGCCAUGCUGAUUUAGAGUCAAGAUAACGUCUUCCAUGGCACCCGACUGAAUCCCAAAAUUGGGACUUGGCUAUUGAAGCCACAGGCUGGGAGAGAGGAAACUACCAACACAGAUCUCUCCAAUCCCAAGGGGAAGGCAAAACAUUACUAGACCAGGAGCAGCGCUACAUUGAAAUCUUCCACCUUCUCCAGGCCCCUCUAUAUUUUAAUUCACACUCUCCCUCACUCUGUGAAGGUGAGAUCCAGUGCUGGGCUGUGUUCACUUACCUGUUUACUGCCCUUAAGCCUUUUAAUCUGCCACUGAUUUAAAGAACUAGGCUACAGCGGUGAGGCUUCAGCACGGCGAGGAGGAAGCAAGCGGCUCUCUCUCGAGCUCUCCGUGUUACAGGUGGCUGGGGACCUACUGGAAGUCACGUUCCUUCUCAGUGUGUCUGCAUCCUCCCAGGGCUGCUUGUGAAUUGUUCCCUUCCUGAAAUCUUUAAAGCAUAAUACCGUAAAUCUUCCUUGGAGAUGACGUGUGGUGUGGAAGAGGAGCCGCUGUGGCUUGGUGGCAGGCCAGUGGCCCAGAACCCGCUGACAGGCGUGGCAGUGACAUCCCCUUGCUGAAGCGAUGGACUUUACUAGCCUUUCUGAACUUGAACAGUUUCAGGUUGUAUUUUACUCCUUUUUUUUUUUUUGUACAUUGUUGUGAUUCUAAAGCAUUUCAGCCUUUGUUUUGUGUUUGAUAUUUGUUACAGGCUAACUUCAGGGGACUUGUACCUCGUGGGGGAGGUUGGAGGCUGUUUGUUUUUUUUAAGGGGAGGGCAGGGUUGAGAUCUAAACUGCAAUUCACAUAAAGUGCAUUUUGGAACAAAUUAAAUGCUGAUUUAAUGUA